CGACACACAUACGCACACAUACACAGCUAGCACAACAGGCAAUACGAUCAUACAUCAUACACGCACGGUAGAGGUGGAAGAAAAUGCAACAUAAUUAACUGCAAACUGCAUGGAGCGCGGCCGUGUUGCGUGUUUAGGGCAAAAAGUGCAUCUUACUCCAUCUCUUGGGCCCAAGCAAUGUGACGGAUGAGGGACAGGGCCGUUUUUUUUGUAGUUUCCGUCGGGUGGAGCCCCUCUCCCUCCUCUCCAGCCUUUCGGAAUGUGUGUGUGUGUGUGUGUAUGGAUCGUGUGCCGAAAUGGGUUGCUGUGAGCCAAAACUCGAAAUCUCUCCCUUUUUCGGUUGUGAAGCGCAACCGAUCUCACCGAGGCAAGAGUGAGAAAGAGGGACAUCCGUCGGGGCUGUGUGUGUGUGUGUGUGUGUAUUUUCCGUGAGCAAAACUGGGGUGGGUUGAGAGCAAAACGCAUCUCGCGCGCCGCCGUGGCCACCGCCGCCGCCGCUUGUUGAAGCGCACACACACGAACAUUUUCAGGAAAUCGAAGAAAACUCAAACCGUUUCUCGGCGUUUAUUUUUGGAAAUGUGUUUUCUCGGCACGCUCUGCUCGCACGCCCCGGCAGUGUGCAGUGCCUGGCCGAUAGACAGACAGAGCAGCAGCAGCAGCCGUAGCCGUAGCAGCGACAGUUCACGCCAGAUUUUAGCACUAAGAAAACGGGAACCGCUUAACUAAAGAACGUGAAAUUUGUACAUUGUUUGUUUGUCUGUCCUGUAUGCAAGCGUUCCUUCCGUACGGUGUGUGGCCUGAUAUUUAUGAAACAGAACGCAACGCCCCACACUGUAGUGUUUUCUCGCCACCAUCGCCGAAAAUUUCGCAUAAAAAAAAUCACUAUUAGGUAGUGGUGGAAGCUGUACCACGCAACACCACGGCGAAAGAAGAGUGUGGGAGCGGAAAAAUUGUGCACGUUUCCGACCAAAAUAACGUGUGUGCGCGUGUGUGUUUGGAUGUGUGUAAAGUGUGUGACGUGACUGUGUUAGUGGGUGUGAUUUAUAGAGACUGAAAACUCACAGCAGCAAACAACACACACGCUCGCAACAAAAUGGUGAUAGGCGAGCAGGUGGAAGGCGGCGAGGCGAUGCCUCCCUCGCCCCAACAGUUCCCGCCACAGAAGGCCACGAUAGAGAACAUCAUGAGCGGCAUAGAGAACACCGGUGCGGUCAAGAUGAACAAUCAUAGGAAAAAGCUGCGCCAGAGAUUUGACAUAAUAAAAAAGCUCGGCCAGGGCACAUACGGUAAGGUGCAGCUCGGCAUCAACAAGGAAACGGGACAGGAGGUGGCCAUCAAGACGAUCAAGAAGAGCAAGAUAGAAACGGAAGCAGAUCUCAUUCGGAUACGGCGCGAGGUACAGAUUAUGAGCUCGGUCCAGCAUCCCAACAUAAUACACAUUUACGAAGUAUUUGAAAACCGCGAAAAGAUGGUGCUAGUCAUGGAGUUUGCGGCUGGGGGCGAGCUGUACGACUACCUGUCCGAGCGCAAGGUGCUGGCGGAGGAGGAAGCGCGCCGCAUCUUUCGCCAGGUGUCGACCGCGAUCUACUACUGCCACAAGCACAAAAUUUGCCAUCGCGACCUGAAGCUCGAGAACAUCCUGCUGGACGAGCACGGCAACGCGAAGAUCGCAGACUUCGGCCUGUCGAACGUGUUCGACGAGCAGCGGCUGCUGGCCACCUUCUGCGGGUCGCCGCUGUACGCGUCGCCCGAGAUCGUCAAGGGCACGCCGUACCAGGGACCGGAGGUGGACUGCUGGUCCCUGGGCGUCCUGCUCUACACGCUCGUCUACGGCGCGAUGCCGUUCGACGGUGCCAACUUCAAGCGGCUGGUGAAGCAGAUCAGCCAGGGUGACUACUUCGAGCCGAAGAAGCCGUCCCGUGCGUCGCCGCUGAUCCGCGAAAUGCUGACCGUGUGUCCGUCGCACCGAGCCAACAUCGAGCAGAUCUGCAACCACUGGUGGGUGAACGAGGGCUACGAGGAGUCGUGUCUGGAUCUGGCGGAAGAGCUCGCCAACCAGACGCCGGUCCGGCUGGAUGUGCUGCUGUCGCUCGCGCCACCGUCGGUUACCGCCGACCAGCUGCUCGUUGGCAAUGGGCAGGAGGACGCGAAGGCGAAGGAUCGCAUCCAGCGCAGCCACUCGAUGGGUUCGAUCGUCGAGAUGGGCGGUACGGAGGCGGAACGGCGCAUUCUCGAUAUGGUGGCGGCGGGCGGUGAGGCGGCCCUUAUGCCGUCGCCCACGCGCACCAUCACACCGGCAGAGGCGGCGACAGCGGCCGGUGUCGGCAGCCCGCAGGCGCAGACGAAGCGCAAGCUCGAGACGACGGUUUCGACGGAAAAUGCAACUGGCGCGGUCAAGAAGAAGGAUAAGGCGGACCCACCGUCCCCGGUCCAGGCCCGCAUCCCCGAGGACAUGGACGUGGAGGAAGCGGCCGUGGCGCGUAUGCCAACGCAAGUAGCUGCAGACGAGCAGGCGGCCGAACCGGUCCAACCGACGGCGCAGGAGGAGGCCACCAAACCCACCGACUCGACGGCGCAACCGAACGAGAGCAAGUUCGAAGCGCAGGAAGUGCUGGAAGACCUGCAAAACCUGGAAAACAUGUGCGACGAGCUGCUGCUGGAGGCGGCCCACACCCAACCACCGCCGUCCGAGGCCGGCGCAAACGGAGCAACCGAACCGCCACCCUCAUCGCCGCCCGUCAAAACCGUUUCGAGCGUGCGGGCGAAGCUGGAAAAGCUGGAAAAGGGUGAAAUCGGCGCGAAACCGGCCGUCCCGUCGUCGACCGCCCCCCUGCCCACGGUGCGCAAGGUGUUUGGCAAGAACAAAACGACCGAUCUCACGACCGCCAUCAACGAGGUGAACGCGCGGAAGGGCGAACCGGCACCGUUGGCCGGCAGUGCGCACCGUUCCGCCAGCACCGUGGAGCGCAAGAACAGCCUGCCGGACGAGAGCCUGGCGCGGACGGCCGAACGGCGCAAGUCGCGCAUCCUCGAGACGGCGGAAAAGUUCCAGCAGCUGAACCAGCAGCAGCCGGGUGGCGGGGAUAAGUUUAAGAAGUUUGUCCUGCCGGGCGGCGGCGUACCGACCGUCGGCAACUACAAGAAGGAGUUCGAGCGCAAGACUGGGCUGAGCACGUCGUCGACCUUUACCAAACCGCCGGCUACCACCACCACGCAGGCCGCGACCACCGGCGAAGGCGAGUCGGGCGGGUCGGCGCCAAGCACACCGCCUGCAUUUGCCGGUUCGGCCAAGAAUCUCGCAACCUACCAGCAGCAGCAGCAGCAGCAGGGGACCGAUUCGCCACCCCUGGCCACGACCAAAUCGGACGACGAGGUGAAGGAAAGCGAUUCGAAGAGUUCGGUCGGCAGCUUCUCGCUGGAGGACGCGCGCCGCUCGAUGGAGAACUCGAUCGCGAUGCUGAGCCGGGCGAAGCCGAACGACUCCGCACCGUCCACGCCGACCGCGAUCGACCAACUGUGCGCGCGCACCGAGAGCGUCUCGAUGAUGGAGGACAGCGAGCGGGAGCGCAAGCUGAAGAAUGCGCGCGAAAUCAUCGGCAACGCGAUCCCGAUCGGGCGGCUGCGCAAGCCGCCGAUGCCGUUCGGUGCGAACGGCCGCUCGAAGACCGGGACGCUCGGCAUCAACAAGCCGUACCGCAUGGGUUCGGAAACGCCCGAGCCGCGCUGCGACACGAUGUCCAUCCCGAGAAAAGUAUCGAUCGGAAGCAUCCCGAGCCCGCCCAAGGACGAGACGAAAACGUCGCACGCCGAAAUCACGCUCAAGUCGGCCACGCUGCCACGGCGAAAGCUGUCCAAACCGCUCGAACUGCAAGGCGAUGCACAAUCGAAGCCGGACCACCGUAUGCAGCCACCGCUGCAACCACCCGCCUUCGCGCCGAUGCGCUUCUCCACCGAGGUGCAGCACCAGAUGCCGGAUCUGCGCAGUGCGCCGGUCGGACGCGAGCAUCCGCCCGCCUUCGCACCGAUGGCUCACCAGCACCAGCAGCAUCUGCACCAUCGGGCCAACAGUCUGGAGCCGCAGGGCAAGGAGCAGCCGGCCGGCGCGGGUCCGCAAAAACCGCCCACAUAUCAACGGACGGCGUCCGGUGCGUACGGUGGCGUUCCGUCGCCUGCCCAGCUCGGUCGCGCAUCGCUCUCGCGCCAGUCGACGAACGAGUCGAACGACUCGGACAAUACGCUCUCGCAGGGUCCGAUGUCGACGAACGCGUCCGGCCUAAUGUCCGGCACGGUCAGCACUAGCGGCAGCACCACGAUGCCGAUCAAGAAGAGCCCCCGGGAGUACAUCAUACCGAUCGCGGUCGAGGGCGGUGGUAUUGUGACGCCGCGUGCCAACAGCCUGGAGCCGUCCGAAUCGAACGCGUCCUCGACCGGUGUGCCCGGGGCGGCCGGUGCUGGGUUCGGUAUGAAGCCGCGCCUUGGCCGACCGCGCCGUUUGGGCUCCCUGCUGUCGGAGCAUGACGGUGAGCCGGGCGACAUUACGUCCUUCCCACGACUGAACAGGCAUACCUCGCUGGGACGUGAGAGUGAUACCGAGGAGCCGAAAUUCCACAUGAUGCAUCGGCUCAGGAGCACACGACCAUCGAAGAGGGGCACGGCGGACCCGAACGAUUCGGCCAGCUCGGGCGAGGAGGACGACGACGAUGGUUUUGAAAUACUGACGGCGGAAAACCUGUUCUCCACGCUGCUGUCUCGCGUUCGUGCACUAACCAAUCGUCUGAAUGUGAACGAUGUCAACUCACCGCGCUUCCCGGCGUCACGCUUCAUGAGCAAUCUGCGCCAAACGCAGGCACCGUUCUGGCAUCAUCAGGAUCCGUUCGGCAGGAAUCUCGCCGACGGAGGCAGUGCGGCCAACGCCUGGCGGCACAGCAUGUCCCGGGACCUGAGCACGGACAUCGAUUCAAUGUUUUCGCGUAGCGGAGCCACACUUCCAAGAGGCACUAGACUCAGAACACAAAGUAAUCAUGUAACGAAUAGUAAUAACAACAGCAACCAAAACCACUACCAUCAUCCCCAUCAUCAGCAACCGCCACCAGUGCCACCAAACAGCAGCAGCAACAGCAUCCGCAGUAGUUAUAACAAUAGAUAUAGCUAUCAUCAUCAACCCGCCUCAUCUAACCCUGCCCCCAGCUCCACCUCCUCCUUCUACAAGGAUUUGGCAUCCUUGGCCGCGUACGGCGCGAACGGUACUGGCGGGGCGGCCGGUAGUGACAGUCGCGACGUCAGCCUAUCCAGCGGUACCGGUGGUGGUGGUGGUGGUGGAGCGGGCAGUAACGAUGACGAAAGCAGCAUAUCCAGCACACUCAGCACCAAUGGCAACGGUUACCGCCAUCAGCCACUGGCCGCGACGAUGACCGGCGGCGGUAAUGGUGGCCUGGGCGACCCGGGCACGGGCGAGGAAAAUCUCGAUCUGCGCGAUCUCGAUCUGUCGCAGCUGCGACUGUCGAAGCGCGAUCUGGAAACGCUGUCCAGUAUAACGCCCGCCCUGUCCCAGCGCGUGCAGGAGCAACUGUUGGCGCAGCUUCCCCCCCAGCAGGCCCGCAAACUGUCCCGCACACUGUCCAUGCAGGGUGGUGGAGGAGGCACAGGGGCCGGUUCGUUGCCAACGGGUGCCGCGGCAGCUAACCAGCGACUGUACAGACGAAGCUACAGCAACAGCUCGGGCAAUCGAUCGCUCGAUGCAACGGCCGACUACGGAGCGACGGGCGGCGUCGGUGAGUUCAGCCGUCGCCGGGCAGGGAGUCAACCGCGCGACAUCCUGUCGCCCCCGCCGGCCUACCAAACGUCAGCGCCACUGUACGAGAAGUACGCCCCGUACGGUACGAGCAUUCCAGCGGCCGGUGCCGACUCCUCGUCCGGUAUGUCCUCGUUUGUGCGCGACUACGACAGCAACACACGGAAGGCGCUCUCACCACACACCACCACCACCACAUUGACACGUGCUACCGGGUCCGCUCUCACUACAAGCACAACCACAACACCACCACCACCAUCAACUCUCCGUUACACCAGCAGCAAUGCGGGUGGCGAGACGACCGCUGCGCCGACCAAGCGCUUGUCCCGGUUUCUGCGGCCCGACUUCUUCGACACGCCGCCGAAAGAGCGGGACGCACCAACCGAUCCGCCCGAGCGGGACCCUCGCAGCUCCCCGUACGGUGGAUCGGGCGGAUCGGGGGUGACGUUGCGCGAGGGUGCCACCGGUAGGCAGCAGCGGCGCGAAAAGCUGGCCAACGAUACGAUCACCGAUCGGUUGAGCUACUUCCUGGAGAAGUACGGCAAACCGGACGACGACGGAGGGGUGACACCGAUCGGCGAUCGGAGUAGGCGUAGCGUUUCGCGUUCGCGCGACCUCGAGCCGGAAGGCCAGCCGGAACAGCGGUACCGGACGCCGGAGGAGACACUGUCGAUACUACAGGAGCAGCUGCAAGAUCUCACCAACAUGACCUCGCUGGCAGCUGGCAGUCAGAUGUCGAAGCUGUUGAGCGGUGGAGGCGGUGGCGAUGCCAUCGUAACAUCGAACGGGUCAGGGACUGGCGAAUGCCAGCUGCCCGGAUGCACAGAGUGUGAGGGAAAGCAGGAUGAGAAAGCUGUUGCCUCCCAGGCGACAAACGAACCUAGCGAAACGAAAGGUACUUCCGGCACUGUUGCAACAGAAUCGGCAGCUGCAGCUGGUCCAACGAAAAAGAUCGUAAAGGUAAAGAAGGUGAAGGUAGUGAAGAAGACAACGACAGGGGCAGAAAAUGGAGUCACAACAUCGGGAGGUGACGGUGAAGCUGCCGCAACCACGUCGGUGGUGAAAAAGGUAAAGAAACUGGACUCAACUCCAACGGACGCGUCGGAAGGCUCCAACCCCUCUGUGCCAGUGGUUAAGAAGGAAUCCAAACUAAUGCGCCCCAAGUCUUAUCCCUACAAAGAGCCGGGGCAAGAAGUUGCCAAGCUGUCCGUGGGUGGUGACAUUGCGCUUGAGGUGAAUGGGAAAGCAGGUGCUAAUGGUGCAACUUCCCCUGCAAACGUGACGCAAGAUCCCUCGACCGAGACCCAAACGACACAAACGGCGGCUGUGAACGGCACAGCGAGUGUGAGUACGACGGCGAGUAAACUGGCACGGCCAAAGAGUUUCCCCUCGUCCAAGCUAACGCCACCGAAGGAACUGAAGCUGCUUAAAUCCCCCGCCAGUAGUGAGCGGGAUGCUGCCAGUGAGCAGAAGGCGCCACCAACGUCAAAAGCCGAACCUGCCACCAACGGAACGCUGGGUACUCCGGGGCAGGAGGUGGAUGGACCAUCGGCCGCCACCAGUCCUCCCAAGAAGGUGAAGAAAGUUAUCCGCAUCGUGAAGAAGGUUACCAAAACGACCGAUGCCAACGGGAAGGUGGUCAUUACCACCACCACGAUGCCGGCCGAUGGAGCCGCCGGACCGGUGAAAACUACCAAAGAAACGGUCGGCAAAACCGUCACCAUCAAGGAGCAAGGUACGGCGGGAACGGCAGCUGAUGCCGCCACCGCCGCCGCCGGUGAGAAGCAAUCAAAGGAGAAAUCAAAAUCACCCGAAAAGAAACCAAAGCAAGGCUUUCUGGCCAGCAUCGGGCAGCGGUUUGAAAAGUUCCGCGACACCAGCAAGAGCAGCAAGGAAAAGAAAGCGGCGGCAGCAGCGGCAGCAGCCGCCACGACGACCUCCACCACAUCAGGAGAAACCCUGCCCGACACGGCCGUCCCGGUGAUGGUGCCCGGCACUACGCAGAUCGUAGACGGCGUUACGCCGGACGUGCUGGUAGGCAAACCGACCGAGACGGCCAACGCGCCCAAGAAGGAUAAAAAGAAGGGCGGCAAAGCGGCGAGCACCGGCGAGGACAAGACGCCACCCGAUGGCAGCUCCAGCACCAUCGCGAAGAGUGCGGCCGGAGGGGCGGCCCGCAAGUCACGCAUCGACACGGUGAUCAGGAAUUUGCGCGAGCUGUCCGCCGGACCGAAGCUGCCGGAGGUAACCGAGUCGAAGCUGAUCAAGCGCGCCGUCAGCGUGGAGGAGAUGCCGGGCACGUUCAAUCGCUGCGGCGUCACCAAGGUACUGGAACUGUUCAAGAAAAUUGAGAAAGAUUCACGCAAUAACCACCAUCAUCACCGUCUUCUUAAUACCAAGUCAUCUAGCCACAUUCUGAUGGGGGGCCGAACGACGUUGGACGACGGUGACCACACGACGGUGACGAUGCCUGACCUGAUGAUGCAGCCGAUCGAGGCGGGGCAGGCCCGCAUGCGCAACACCAACUCGCUGCUGCCCUCGUUGUCGCGCAAAAAGCCGUACGGCGGGGCAAGAAGCGACACCGUGCUGGCGCACCAGCUCGACGGUCUGCUAGCGAACGGUGGUGACGCUCUGGACGGUGGAGGUGAUUUCGAGCAGCGUAAGUUUAAGGUGAUGCCACAGCCCGAUCCGUACCAGUCGCAGAUACCGGUCAAGUACGGCUGUCCCGGUUGCGAUGCGGUGGGCACUGGCGGCAGCAGCAGCACCACCACCACCACUAUCACCGAUACCGGCGGCAGCAGCGCCACUACCGCGGCUACUAGUAACAAUAAUGGCGUCGCCAACGGAGCGCCGGAAGCGUGUCUGAUGCACGCGCAAACCACCACCACCGGGACGGGUAGUAGUGGCGCGUGCAGUGUGCACGUGCAGCGGCCUCCUCCACCGCAAGACACGGACCGGAGGGGCCGGGCCCGGGCGCUUACCAUCGACCUGGAGCAGGCCGUACACUCCGCGACGGAAAAGUUGAAGCGCCUGCAGCAGGCCAACAGCAUUCAUCUCAGUAACAUCCCGACACAGCAACCGCUACUACCCCACGGUCACCAUAGUAACCACAACAACAACAACUACAUCAACAACCCUAGCAAAACUAGCUUAAGCGCUUGCACUACUAAGAUCCCCUCCAGUCACACCAACCACACUGCAAACGGUAGCGUACACAACAACAACAACAACAACAACACUAGUAACGGCAUAGCACAGGCGGCGGCACCUGCCGGUGGCAAUAACAACUACAGCUAUCCGCCCCCACUCCCCAGCGAAAUGGCGGCCGGGACGGCGGCCACCUCGCCGUGCGGGUAUAGCAACAACAUCAACAACAACAACAGCCUCUCCCAUCACUACAGCACACUGACACCGUCGUACGAUAGCAUUACCAACUACUCGUCUGGUUCGCGAAGUAGCCCGUACGACGACAACUCCUCCAGCACGUUCCUAUCGCCGUCGGAGGAGCGCGAACUGUACUUCGACAGCUGGUCGGUCUGCUCGGACGAGCUGAUGGGGCACGGCGACGGCACUGGGGUGGGUGGUCACCCGCUCCACUCCUCGUCCGUGUCGCCCGCGUCCCGGCGCCACUCCUCGGUGCGGCUACUAACCCCGAACCAACCACUACUACACUCUGUCUCCUCCCCAGUAGAUCCGGACGCGGAGAGCGUCAUCGAGCGCAUCCGGCGCAAGAGCUUCUACACCCGGUUCAACGACACGAAGAAGCCGGCCAAGCGGGCCUCCGCCAGCAGUCUGGGGGGCGGGCUCGGUAGCGGUAGCAACAUUACGGCCGCCGGCCACGCCAAGGACAGCGCCAGCUACGGGUACUACGGGGCGGGCAGUGGCGGUGCGACGGUGCGCGAAAAGUCCCUGUCGCGGGGCGGCUCCUCCUCCUACAUUCUGAACCGCCCGGGCAAGGAGUCGUCGUCCUACGGUGUCGGUGUGGGUAAGUACGACACGGCGGGCUACGCGACGGUCGGCCGUACCGAGCAUCGGGGGUACGCGACGAUGGUGAACCUCGGCGUGAAGCCGAACCGAAGCGCGGCCCGGCUGCGCCAGAGCAGCCUGGACGUGGUGGCCGGCGACUAUCAACAGCCCCAACAGCCACCACACUACCACCAUCACCACCAUCACCACCACCACCAUCCCCAACAACAACAACAACUACAACAACAGUCUACGCUGGCGGGACUGUCCCGUACUGGGUCGCGGCUACUAACCACCGACGACGGUGAUUCCCUGACCGACGGUUUAACCUACACCAACCUACUGAACAACAACCACAACAGCAGCAACAACACUACCAGCAAUCACAAAUACACACGCAACACCUACUACGAAAGUACGGCCGUGCCGUCGCCGUACGGAACGUACGCACCGAGACGUCGGUCGUCGUUUGUGGCCGCCGGGUACGGAUCGUCUAACAUCGCUUCAUCCUCUUCAUCGAUUGCGCUAGAUCUGCUCAAGGACCACCACCAGGGGCCCCGGGAUGGGUCGGCGAGUUACGGCAAUCUGGCCACGACCGGGUCUUCCUCCUCCACCAACACACUGUCCGCGUCGGAUAACUAUGGAAGCGGCGGCGGCGGUAGCAGCAACACCACCACCUCCACGGCAGCAUCCCGCACCAUCCGGCCAUACGAGACGAGAAGCAGCUCGCUGCUCACCCCGACGGCACUGCGGGAUGCGGGACGUUACACCGGCCGGUACGAUAGUGGUACACUGACCAAAAACUAUCGCACACGGACCUCGUCUACGUCCAAAUCAACCGACAAUGCAUAAAGCGUAGUGGGAGGGAAUGGGUGGAAGGAUAUAAACAGUUGUCGCAACAGCAACACAUAUAUACCAAUUAGUGUAGAUCCGCCCUUAGCCAGGGUGGGGCCACUUUACUUCUCCAACGCUCCAAUGGAAUAUAUAAAUGGGUGUAUGUGUGUGUGUGAUCGUGGCUUGCAUCCAAAAGAAGAAACCAAAAAACCAAACCAACAAGAAAAUAGCAAGCAGCGAUAAACUUUACUGGUUAUUUUAGAUGAACGUUAUAGACUAGAAACCAUUGCAUUUAGGCCAAAAAACAUACACGCAUACGCGUUAGUGAAUUGUUACAGCAGAGAAUGCCAAACCCGCCAAAACCCGCCAAACGUUGAUUAAACAAGAAUAGCGUUAUGUAAAAUGGAUACCAACUUCUUCUAAGCAGAAAGAUAGCGAGUGAAAAAGAGUGAAAAGGAGAGAGAGAGAAAGAGCAGUAAUAAUGUAACACCAUUUGAACCGGAGACUUUUAACUUGUAUAUUUAAACAAAUGGGGUUUUAUCCGAUCCUCAUGCUCCAUUUCGCACCAAUUGUGUGUAUGUUUGUGCGUGUCUCCUUAUUGGGAGCAGUACAAUUCCGGCGAUCCAGCUUCCGUGGAGUAAGAAGGGCACUAAUGUUACCGUGACGGUAUCACCACUGACUCACCCCACCGGCAAACAACCAGGACUCAAGAGAAGAACCGAAGAAAAAACCGUGGAACACCAUGCGAUCACCAUGCGUCUCCAUGGAGCAUCGAUCAUGCAGCCACCGUUUCUUGCAUCUCUACGCUGUAUUAUUUUUUCGGUUUCCAUUUUCCAGGGGUCCAUCCACACCUUUCGGGGGAUUAAAGUGUUGCAAAAACAACACAGUGAAGCAGAAAAUUCCGCUUGCGUUCGCAAACAGACUCUGCGCAUCACCGCCACGUGGUGUGGUGAUUUUCCUUUGCGUCACGAUCUGAGCCCGUCGCUUGGUCGGGAUUUUCUCUCACGCAUACACACACUCUUACGGGAAGGAUUAUUUUUAUGAGCAGCUUCGUUAGUGCGGGUACAAAACACACGUGUAUGGGACAGAAGGUCACAAGCAAUAGUCGCACGGAACUGAGACGGGGAAAAAUCAAAGAGAGCUGUUAAAAAUGUGUGUGCCAUCGAAUCGAAUUUUAAGCAGCCGGGGCAAAACAGGGGGAAUCGGGAGACUCUCCCAAACUGUCGACCUCGGUUUGUUUUUUUUUUUUUAAUUUAAAUUAGCAAAUCAAUCAAAAUCGGAACACGCUUCAAGCAGGUGUCCACAAUAAAACGAGCACGGUGCGGGUACCAAAGAGCGGGGAAAAAGCAUUGGGAAGAUACGGUGUGUCUGUUUGUGUGCUAGCAGAAAAGUUGUUAUACACUAUUUUUACAAUUUUAUGUCAAUUGUAU